AUGGGUAUUACUUCCAAAGCAAAGCUGUUCCUAAAGAAGGAAAGCAUGGAGGAGAGUUUACUUAUAGAAUCUGGACAUGUUCCUGUGGAAUUCUGCCUAAUUCCUAAGCAUAGUCCGUCAACAAAUCCACUUCUAAACAUGAUCAACAUGAUCACACCUCCGCCACCGGCGCCGCCACAGCCGCCGCCGGAGGGGGACGCGGCGCGGGCGGGCGUCCCGGCGCGGCCCGUGAGCCUGCGGGAAGUCGUGCGCUACCUCUGGGGCAGCGGCGGCCCCAGCGGCCGCCUUACUCGCGGCCGCGUGCAGGGGCUGCUGGAAGAGGAGGAGGCACGGAGCCGUCUGGAGCGCACCCGCUUGGGAGCGCUCGCACUGCCCCGCGGAGACAGGCCGGGACGGGCGCCGCCGGCCGCUAGCGCACGGGCGGCGCGGAGCAAGAGAGGUGGAGAAGAGCGGGUGUUUGAGAAAGAAGAGGAAGACGAUGAUGAAGACGACGAGGAAGAGGAGGACAAUAUAUCAGAGGGCUCAGAAGUGCCUGAGAGUGACCGCCCCGCAGGUGCUCAGCACCACCAGAUUAAUGGAGAGCGGGCCCCUCAGAGUGCGAAGGAAAGGGUCAAGGAGUGGUCGUCCUGUGGACCCUACCAGGGCCAGGAUGAAGGGCGGGGACCAGCACCUGGCAGCUGCACACGCCAGGUGUUCUCGAUGACAGCUAUGAAUAAAGAAGGGGGGUCAGCUCGUGUUACAGCUGCUCCAGAUUCGCCAUCUCCUGUGCCUUUGCCCCCAGGAAAACCAGCCCUACCUGGGGCUGAUGGGACACCUUUUGGCUGUCCUCCUGGACGCAAAGAGAAGCCAACCGACCCAGUGGAGUGGACAGUCAUGGAUGUGGUGGAGUACUUCACUGAGGCAGGCUUCCUGGAGCAGGCCACUGCUUUUCAGGAGCAGGAAAUUGAUGGCAAGUCUUUGUUGCUCAUGCAAUGGACAGAUGUGCUGACUGGCCUGUCCAUCCGCCUGGGCCCAGCCCUGAAGAUCUACGAGCACCACAUCAAGGUGCUCCAGCAAGGCCAUUUUGAGGAGGAUGAACCUGAUGGCUUCCUCGGCUGA